AAGUGUAAAUUUUGAAUAAAGUGGCAGCAUUUAAAGUGCAGUGUUGGGMAGCAUAAACUUUUUGAUUGAUUGCAUAAAAAACAAUACACAAAAUGAUUGCUUAAAAACAGGAGAAAAAUCGGUACUAAUGCAUGCUUAUAAGAAAUUAAUUAAUUUUGGCUAAAAUUUAUUCGCAAAUCCGUUGAAAAUGUGUGCGGGUUGAGGGGUGAAUUUUGAUAUUGAGAAGUGUAUUUUAAUAAUCGAAAAAAGUAAAAUUAAAUAAAAUAAAUAAAUAAAAAAAAAGUGUGGAGAAAUUGUGUUAAUUAAAAAAAAAUUGCGUACAAAAUAUGCUGUGCAACAACUGGGCCUCAGCAGGUUGCUAGCAUAACUCCAAAAUAAAGGCCAACGUGCAACAAGUGGCAAGAUGUCUGCAGCGUGCAACAAAACUCACUUGCGCCUAAAAUUAWUAUGCAAAAUGCGAAAUAAACCAAGCAGUGUGUGAAAAUUUCGAAUCCGUUAUAUUAUUAGAAAAUCCAGUUAAGCAAAUAGUUGUAUGUGUGUAGUGCGGAAUUAAGCAUAAGUGUCAUUGAAACAAUGUCUGCCAAUUUAAAGACAAACAUAACAACAGACAGCGCAAAUAACAAGGCCAACACUACUGCCAASAACAGCACGCCMCACAACARCAACAAUAGCAGUAGCGCUAGCGCAACUCCARCARGCARUAAAUUAGAAAUUACAACAACAAAUAGCCACAACAACAACACUGCCAUAAAAAAUACCUCAACAGCAGCCGACACAAGCGCUGCAACGCAGCCAGCUGAAGCCACCACCAACGUUGCGCCGUCACUUUCGCUCUUCGAUCAGCUCAAGAAUAGCGCCAAUCUCAAUAAUAUCAAAUGCGGCAACAACAACAACAACAUCGACGAUAGUAAACUUAAAGCAGCGCGGAAUCUCACCGAUUGGCGUAGAUUGGCCGAGGAUGAUAGCAGCAACAAUAGCGCGUCCAGUUGYAGCAGCAGCAGUGGCAGCGAUAGCAGCAUUUGCAACGCCGGCGGCGCAGCAGCGAGUAAUGGCCUGCACGAGCGCACGUUUAUAGACUCUUUCCAGCAGCAGUUUGUAGCCGCUGUUUUAGGCACAGCCAGCAGCAACAAUAGCAACAGCAGUUCAUUAAAGACAAUCAAAAAAGUUACGACACCAGUCACUGCCAAAUUGGACCAUGCCACAGCGAGCAACAGCAAUUGCAACAGUGUUAGUGUUAGUGUAAGCAAAAUGCAUGGGAAAGAACUCGAAAAKACGCCUGCCGCAAAGGAGCUUGCGCUGGCAACMAUUGCCGGUGACAGAAAAGAUGAAAAAGUUGCGGAGGCAUGCAACAACAUUUUAGAUCUCACUUUACAACCCGCCRCCAAACGUAAUAUGUGCUUAAGGGCGCCGGCCAACAAAGGCARGGGUGAAAUGAAGGCCACAGCCACUGCCACAGCGGCAGCUGCAUUAUGUAAGAGCAGYGUGGACAAGUUAAGCGGCAACACCGCCAACAGCCCGUGUGGCAGCAAGGCUGAUGCGCGUGUUGACAGCAAGUUAUGCAACACAACCGCAAACGCYUGCAAUGCCGUUAAUCAGGCGGGUAACAGUGAGAGCGAAAGUGCCAGAAAGCAUGGCAACAACAAAAGCAAUAGCAAUGGCAGCGAACACAAUAGACUGAGCCACGGCAAUGCUAAUUGCGUGUCAACAACGCUGACCGGCGCGAGUCAGCAACAGCAAACACAACAACAACAAAAACAGCACCAAAAGCAAAUAAAAUUCCCCAUGCCCACACUGCCACCGCCCUCAGCGGCGGUGAGUGCCGCAGGCAAGCCCGUUGUCGAUAGUAAAWGCCGCAAAAGCAAUAACAAUACAGCAACAACAACUGCAACGGCURGCAGUGUCGGCAUUGUGCGUGGCACUAAGCGCGCAGCCGGUGCCACAACAGAGGCUGAUGCAGCUGCMACAACGUCUUUGAAUAGCUUCACUACACCGGCCUCGGUGGCACCGCUAACGGCGCAUUACUUUGCGCUAACCAAGCGACADAAGCAGGCGUCUACGGCCACAACAACAAUGAACAAUUCCGCACAUUUCUCCACCGGUUUGCUAAGUGAUCAACAACAAAAACAAUAUAUGGACAAUUUACGCGCUUUACUCGACUCGGAUCAACUAAGUUCGGUUUACGCGCGUAACCAGAGCGGCAGCGAUCUCAAGUCUGUCGUCUACUCAGCGCUCACGAGCGCUUUAUGCGGCGGUAACAGUGCUACGGCCACAGCGGCUAGCAAGCUGCUGGCAGCCGCUAAUCAGGCGAAGAAGAAACGCAAGAAGAAACGCUGCACGGACCGGUGUGACUCAUCGGAAUCUUCAGACAGUGGUGUCGUGAUAUCACUUAGCAGCACGGACUCUAGUACUGGUUGCAGCGAAGAUGCUUCGGAGCCGGGGUCGCCAUUUAGUCAAAACUCAAUAAUAGGUGACGAACAGCAAAGCAACUCGCCCGCCAAGGCCAAUAAAAGCAGCGUUGAAAAUCAUACAAUCAUGCCGCCACAGACUACAAUACUUGCUGUGGCGAAUAAUAGUACCAACAGCGGACAGGCUACCAGUAAUAGUGCGAAUGGAUCGACCAGCGGCGCUAGCGGUUACACACAAACUGUCACAGGAACAAAUAGCAAUAACAGCAACAACACUGCCAAAUUAAAACAAAUUCAGCAACAACAACAAAAGAACAAUAACACUGCCACUGUCCGCCAUGGACUCCCUACUCUUCAAUGGCCGUGGAACGUACCGGCAAGUAGUAGUACUGCACACACCACAAGCACAUCUACAUCCAUACAAAACAGCAAGAAACGCGGUGCCGUUAGUGCGAACACUGCAGACAAUAGCUCAGGUAAAAAGGCACGAAACACAAGUGCAGAUAGUACAACAAAUGGUGCAACAGCAGCGUCAACUGGCAACGUAUCUGCAGCCAGCGCUGCAAAAAGACUGAAAGCGGCGGCAUUGGAGGAGUCGCAAACAAAAAUCACUGGUUACUUCAAGUCUCAAAUGAAGUCGCAAAUUCAUCAAAGUAACUUAACAAAGCGCAAUAUGGAAUCUGUACUGAUUGCCACAUGCAGUUCAUCAAGCUCGGGUCUCAACACAACUUCGCUUACGAUGAGUGCGCCGGCCACCACAGCAUCACUAAAUAAAUAUUUCAACAUUUUAGAACAGUUAAAGGAAAAUAGCCAUAAUAACGGCAGCGGAAGUAGCAACAACAGUAACAUUACUGUUUCAAAGCCAACGCUAGUUGCAUCAUCAUCAUCAUCAUCCAUAAAUAGUAAUAUAAUAGCUGCAGCACCACCUACGCCGACCUCCAUCGCUCCAGCCGCUUCCACAUAUGUUACACCAGCGUCCGGAUCAGGUGGCGUCGUUGCACUGACUUCCGCUACUGCCAUGUCCUCUAUGCCUGUGCCUGCUUUGAAGAAAAUCGAACGCAGCAAACCGACCAAAAUAGCGCAGGUCGCACCGAAUUUACGGAAAACCCCUUCCGCUUCGGGCAACUACACUGGUGCAACUGGCAAAUCUCCAGCUAAGAAACAUGUCGCUAUAGCGCCGAGGACGCCCGAAAUGAAGCAACAACAAAUGCAGCAGCAGCAACAGCAGGCGGCAGCGAAAGCCGAAGCCGCUGCAGCCAAGCAAACAAGCGCAGCGACAAGCACACAACAGUCCCAAACUGCAACGCAAGUGAGUGCCAACCCGCCAGCAGUCCUUCUUACUGCGAUACGUUUACCUACACAAACUACAACGGCACCAACACCGACGGCGUCCACGCAACUGAAACAAACUGUAACACCACCGAAAUUAACACCGGUCGCAACAGCCACUGCGACCACCACAACCGCCGCACCCGCCACCGGACAAACGCUUUAUCAACUGCCCGCAGUUCAACUACCGAAUUUAGUGCAACUGCCGCAGUUGUUGGCCGCCACCAAUGGUGCCAAUAUCAUGCAGUUGAACAACGUUGCCACGGCCACUAAAAACGCCAACCCUUCAGCGUCCGCCGCAGCCGCAGCUACAUCUGCGCAGGCAGCUCAAGCUGCAGCCGCGCAAUAUUUCCUCAAUGGCACCGUCUUCAAACUGCAGCAAUUCACAACCGCGACUACCACGACGGCAACGUCCGCCGUAGCUGCCGCCAGUGCCGCCGCAACUGCAAAUCCAUUCAACCUGAUGACUGCCGCAGACCUGCAAGAAAUACUCAUUAAGCAACAGCAACAGCUUCAACAACAGCAACAACUGCAAUUGCAACAACAACAGAAAGCGGCUGCAGUAGCUGCAGCAGCAGCAGCGUCAGCCACUGCCCAAGCUACCAAUACUAGUUUCCAAGAGAUCUUCCAGCAGCAAAUUGCCGCUGCUAUUGCGGCAAAUCAGCAGCAACAACAACAGCAGCAGUUUCAACAGUUGCAACGCUUGGGCGCCGCCGCUGCACAGCCGGUAUUCAUGGCCACUCCAGCAGGCCUACUAUUGAACGCCGCUUCACUGCCGGCUAUGCUGGCACAAGCAGCCGCCGCUUUGGCUGUCAAUAACAAUCAGCAGCAACAGCAAAAACAAAUGCAAAUGCAGCAGCCCCAUCCACAGCAGCUGCCGGCUCUGCAGCCAAUACAACCAAGCGCCUUGCCUGCGCUAAGUUCCAUUUUCGCUGGUGCAGCGCAGCAGCAACAACAACAGCAGCAGCAGCCUCACACCUCCCACGACCAGCAUACUGACUUCCAGCAGCAGCAGCAACAAUUGCUUGCGUUUCUGCAACAACAACAGCAGCAGCAGCCUCACACCUCCCACGACCAGCAUACUGACUUCCAGCAGCAGCAGCAACAAUUGCUUGCGUUUCUGCAACAACAACAGCAGCAGCAACCACAAUUCAUAACAACAAGCCAGCCACCUCCGUUAUCUGCUGUCAAUUCGACUUCGCCGCAAACUGCAACUGCCGCUGCCACUCUAACGCCACUGCCAAUAAAUGCGUCUUCAAACGCGACUCCUGCAAAUAACGCCAACACUGCCAAACUGGCCAUCGUAAAAGCGACCACUGCCUCCACGCAACCGCAACAGUUUGCCGCGCUCAAUUCGCAACCGCCACCAUUAGUCACCAUUUCACACGGCAAAGCACGCGCGACUGCAAUAGCACCGGCCACUGCCAUCAGCGCGACCUCCAAUGCUAAUGCUACGUCGAGUAAACCGGCCGCACUGGCGAAGCCAUAUCAAAAGCGCAUGCCGAAGGUAGCGCCAGCGCCCGUGCCCGUAGCGCCAGCACCGAGCAAACCCGCGCUGACGAGCGCCAAAGCGAAAAUCUCCACUGGCUGCAAAAUCAUUGCCACACCCACCACGCCGCCGCCACUAGUGCCCGCGCUCAGCAGCAAUAACAGUAGUGGUAUUAGCAGCGUGGCCUCCGCACCCAACAGCCGUGCCGCUCCAGUGGCGAAGCAACUGCUACCGACCAGUGGACUGCCUACGCCCGCGCUCAUCAGCAUUGCACCCGCACCUGCGACAAUCACAACAACCACCACUGCCGCACCUAGUGCAGCGGCUGUGCCGAGUGCCAUGAAAAUAACUGCUUUGCCGCCACUUGCGCCCAAACUAACGCCGGUCGCCGCAUCAAUAACAACAACAGCUGUGUCAUCCACCGCGAUAACGGCAACUGCAGCGAAGGCGAUCGUUGCGAGCGCUGCCGUCACAGCGACAACAACCACAACAUCUACUCCAGAUCUCUUCGAUUUAGUAAAGAAUUCGAAUGGCGCCAUCACUAUAUCAGCACCAACUACCAUUAGUAACACCAAUAACAACAAAUGUCACAACAAUACAUUCAAUAAGUGCGCAGCGCUACUGCCAUCAUUCUACAACUCAUCGCUGUCAUCAUAUUCAUCUGCAUCAUCGCCCUCGCUCUGCUCCUCCACGCAUACCGUCUCCAGCGAUGGUUUUUGCUCCAAGAUCAAAGAGGAGCCGCUGGACGAAGUGGCCAAUGCUCCCUCAGCCAACACUUCGGAUAGUGGUAUCAAAUUGGAGAGUUUCAAUGCGUCCACACAUAGCCAAAUGCUAUCGGCAGAUAUUAAGGUCGAACUAAUGGAGGACACUACCAAAAUGUAUCCGUCAACCGUCAAUAGUAUUUCGACCGGCAUUGGCAAUAGUAUCACGCAUGCGAAUGAUUACUCAUCGUAUUCCUUCAGCUCACACUCGAAUUCGGUCUCCUCGGCUGCUGAUCUUUCACUAGAAGCAUCUACCCCACCGUCGCUCUCUUCCCUGUCCGCCUCAUGCUCAUCCGCACCCUCGCCGGUACCGUCAUCAUCGGUGGGCGCAUCACCGCGUAAUUCCCCGCCGCCAUUGCCGCCAACACAGCCAUGCGAAUCCAAUUCAGCUUCCCUAAGCUCGGAAUCCUCCGCUUCGUGUGUCACGGCCGCUACCGGCAGGGAUAUGCUCAGCGAGAUGGUUACAUCGUCAUGCAUAUCAUCUAAUCUCGCUUCGGAAAUGUCGAAUUCGGCUGAUGGCUCGACCACACACGCGAAGUCACUAACGUCCGGCCUCGAGGACGUCGAGAAAGAUGCCAGCGCGGACGAGGAGAGCAGCGAAAAGCGUGACUUGCCCACACCCGAGUCCGGCAUAGGUGGCAGUUUGACGGCUAGUGAAAGCAGCGAAUCCAUCGUGAGCACAAUUUCCAACAACAGCAGUAAAGCUGAAAUUAUCGCCAACAUUAUCAAUUCAAUCGACUCCAAUUCACCGCCACCCACGCCACUCUCUACGAUUAGUGCUGGCAGCGCAGAAAGCGGCAGCCACAUUAGCCACACCAUUGCUGACCUAAAUUCCAAUAGCAGCAAUGCAGCAACGCCAAUCUCAUCAUCAUCACCAGCUAACAGUGUUGAUUUAAACACCAAUUCUACCUCCAAUAGUGCCGUACCCUCAGCACCGAGUUUGCCGAAUAUCAGCGAUAACAGCAAUUCGAAUAGCUGCACAAGCAGCAGCAGCAACAGCAGUGUUAGCGGCGAGCCACAAUCGAGCAGCAGCAGCAAUUGCUUCAACUCAACACUGACGCUCAUCGACACCAAGCUCGCGGAGUGCGCAAGUGAAGCACUGCCCAAGUGCGCCAUCUCGCCCAUACUCUCGCAGCCGAAAACUAUACGCUUCCCAGCAGAGACUGGUGGUUUUCGGUAUGGUCCUAAAGGUGCUAAACGCCACGACGGCGUCUGCUACUGGAAUAAAUGCAAUAAGAAGCAUGAUAGCUGCUCCAAAUUGUUGGAUCAUAUGCAGACGCUGCACGUAAAUACGCAAACAGGACCGUUUUCUUGCCUCUGGGUCGGUUGCAAGGUGUACAAUAAGGAAUCGUGCUCGCGUCGCUGGUUGGAACGACACGUGCUAUCACAUGGCGGCUCGAAGCAAUUCAAGUGUAUUGUCGAAGGUUGCGGCUUGCGUUUCGGUUCACAGCUGGCUCUUCAAAAACACGUAAACAAUCAUUUUACGGCCACCGAAAAUAAGGAGAGCUCCAAUAAGCGUACUUCGGAUCCGCCAGUGCCCAAGCAGCUGCGUAAGAAUGGCAAAAAGCUGCGCUAUCGACGUCAACCAUUUUCAGCGCGCAUGUUCGACUUCUUUGACUCCGGCAUAAUGGAGGGUCUUCAACAUCGUCUGCGACAAAUAAGCGUGCUUUCAACGAGCUCCAACACAAUAACAUUUCAGGGUCAGUGCAUGAUGCGCCGCAAAACACAGCAAGGCAGUUACGAGAGCUUUAUUCGUUGGUCACCGCGUGAAAUCAUUUCCGACGAGUGGGUGCCGGCUUGCGACGGACCUUACACGAAAACAGUUAACAUUAAACGUAUGCGUCCCGCGGAGAAGAUAAAGGUUGAGAGCCUACUCAUGACCGCUUACAAAAUGCCAUAUUCGCCAAAUCUGUUCGACGACGCCAGCGAUGAAGAUGACGAUGAUGAUGAGGAGGCCUCCGAUGAUGGCGAUGAAGAUGAUGAAAAUAUUGAUGGCGAUGACACCACCGAAUUGGCGACUUUAGUGGAAACGGUGCGCAGCUCACAACAGCAGAGCGCGCUUACAAUUUCCCGUAAGCAAAUGCAGCAACGUCGUAAGCAUCCACGUAAGCCGCUGAAACGCGCGCAUUUGGAUAAACCAUUGAACGUUUAACUCGCUGAAGUUACUCGCCGUGACAAGCGCCAGCGCUGCUCAAUGAUCUCCUACUAAGAAUUAGGCAAUGUUUGUGGCAAAUGAAAAGUCUGCAAUAUAUGAGUUAAGUGUUUAAUUUGUUAAGUCUCGUGGACAACAAGUAAACAACAACAAUAAGAACAAAAACAGCGCAUACUACGCAGCAGUCAUACAUAAUUCAGCAUCUAGUAAUUAGUAUUUUUUGUUAAAAUUAAUUAUAAAUCAAAGAUGGCAGCGCAUAUACAUACAUACAUAUGUAUGUGUAGUAUAUAUAUAAAUUAUAUUUUUUUAUACUUCCGUUUGUAAAUGUCUUAGAAGAGAGUAGUUUGCAUAAGCUUACAAAACGCACUUUAUGUAAAUAAAAUAUUUAGUGUAUUACAUAAUAAGCAUAUAUUUAUUUGUAAGAGAAUUUAGCGUAGACAUUAUUUUUUACGAAUAAUACAUUUAUAAGCGACUUAAAAAC